UUUUGCUUUAGCAUGCGGCAAUUUUACAGUGGGAAUGAUUUUGAUGUAACACUAGUCCUUACCAUUGACGGUCCGUCCAUCAUUUGCGUUCCAUAACAAAACAUGUCUGCUACACGGUACCGUCGGUUCUUGAAACUCUGCGAAGAAUGGCCAAGGGACGAAUCGAAGAAGGGCCGCGAUUUAGGGACCGUUCUUCGACAAAGAGUCGCCCAUGCAUUUCGUGAGGGUGAAAACACACAGAUUUCGGACCCAGAAAAGUGUGAUCAAAUGUACGAAAGUUUGGCCCGGAUUAACACCAAUGUGUACAGAGAAAGAUUUCCUCGCAUACGAGAUACCAGCUUUACCGGUGUGACAUUGGAAGAAUGUAAAAUGCUGUUGGCAACAGGAAGCAUGCAGCAAAUGGACGAGGAGAAGAAAGGAUUAUGGAAGACAAUGAUGGAGCGAUUCUCUUCAAAGGCGCCAGAAGAUAGUCUGGAUAAACCUUCUGAGAAAUAAUGUUACAUAUUUGCAUUUGCCUCUUCCUGUAAAAAUAAAGCACCUCUUAUUAUAUUUAA